AUGUCGAAGUUCGAAGGUUAUAAUUUAACUAACCAUUUUACGACGACUUCAUCAUCACUUGCUGCUAAUUCUUCAAUACUUCCAUUUACUUGGUCGCUACAUUAUAAUAUUCCGAUCUUAACCCUAUUCUUUAGCAUCGUCAUGAUUUUUGCAGUGACUGGUAAUCUAUUCUCUCUGAUAACUAUCUAUCGUUCGGUCUCAUUGCAUACUAUCAAUAAUAUGUUCAUCUUUAACUUGGCCGUCGUCGAUUUACUCAGUAGUCUAUUAGUAAUACCUUUAGGUUUGGCCGUUGUCAGUAGUCAAUCACAUUUCAGUAAUACAUUAUGCCAAAUUCAAGGUUUCUUGCUUAUGUUUUUAAAUACCACUUCAUUAAUGACAACAACUCUCAUCAGCAUUGAUCGAGUUAUUGCUGUAACGAAGCCAUAUUAUUAUGCAGCUAUUGCUAAAUUUCAUGCUAUGAUCGCUUUAAUAGCGGGAAUUUGGAUAUUAUCCAUCCUCUUUGCAACACUACCUCUACUACAUUUACAACAUUAUGGCUUCGGCUAUUAUACUCUUGUCUACAUCUGCUGGAUUAAUAUCCACGAUUAUGACGCAAAUUUUGUUAUUGCUAUCGCGGCGAUCUGUUUGAUCUUGUUUAGUAUGAUGGCCAUCAUAAUAAGUUAUACCAUCAUAUUUUGUAUCGCUUGUAAUAAAGUUGCCAACCAAUUGAGACCAAAUGGUUAUGGCGAUGUGAUGAAAUCAGUUCGUACCACAGCAAUUAUUGUCGGUACGAAUUUACUCUUUUGGUUGCCAUUUGUUACUGCCUGUAUUAUCGAAAUUAAAGAUGGACACUACCAUCGGAGAGAUCCUGACUUUGAUGAAACAUUAUUCAAGGUAGCUUAUUUAGCACCCUUUGGCAGUGCUGCUAGUAAUCCAAUCAUUUAUAUUACCACUAAUGGCGUCUUGCGCCUUAAAUUUCAAAAAUUAUUUCAAUUUAAAACAAGCUUGCAGCCUCUUCGAAAACGAACCGCAAUUUCUCCAAGCCGACGUAACAACUCUACGGCUGCUUGUAUAGUAGAGCAAAUUAACAGUCUUAACGAUUCGUAUCGUCCAGAUGAUGAGAAUCAAUAG